ACUUUUAGAACAUUGGUUUAUAUUAGGCUUUAAGCAUGUGGAAUCAAUGUUCUGCUAUUGGCAUGGUAUGAUUCCAUACAGGUGUCAUACCAGAUAUUGUAUUGGAUCUAUCACUAGAAACAUUACAUAUUUAUAAUGAUAUUUAUAUGUGUCUCGGGAACCACCCUGUAAAUAAAUAAAUAAAUGUAUAUAUAUUUAUAUAUAAAUUGUUAGUAUUUUAAAAUUUCAUCGAUCCACAUACUAUCUCAUUACUUAUGUCAAAUAUUUCGCCACUGCUUCUUCAACAUAAUGAUAAUUGUGAUGUGAACAUCAAAUGUACAAGACCACCUGAUCAUGCUACCUUCCUACUAUAAGGUAAGAGAUGACAUAACACGUGGGAAGAGAGUGCUUCUUGACAUAACAGAUACAUAGGUUUUGACAAAACUAUUCUUAUUUGUAAGGUUUAGAUUUUAGUGACUAGUUAAUUUAUGGGUUUCCCAAAAUAUAUACUUUUUUUUUGGAAGGAGCUCUUUCUCUGUACAAAUUAUCACCAUCUCUUCCAUUUUCUCAUCCAUAUAGUUGGAGAAACAAUUCUUCCUCCCAAAUCAGUCCCUUUUCGUCAUUUUCAGAAAUUCCCCCCCCCCUCCAUCUCCUUGUUCUAAUAGCUAUGUUAACAUAUUUUGUUGUAGUGUCCUGGCCUUCCUUUUCACAUACUACGAUUGCUUGGAUCAUGAAAUACAAUAACAUAUUUGUCGGGUCUUCUUUCUCUCAUUCCCUCUACCCCUUUCUCUACGGUGCUUGUGGCCUUGAAAUGGUCCCCCUCUCAAAUUAACAUCUUCAUCUAACUCUGUUUCUUCUCCCCCCUCCAUCUCGUGUUUUUCGAUUUGCUCUGUGGGAAUUGAGAUGUGUCUCUGAUUUUGGGUUUCCUUUUGUGAAAUGGGUCUGAAUUGAGUGAACCUUGUCUAAAAUGGAGUUGAGUUUCUCAAAAUAGUUUAUAGUUGGGUCUGGAAUUGAUUUAUUAAUCAUCUCAAAUUGUUAAUGUGCAUAGUCAAGCUUUACUAAGAAUGUACGGUAAUGUAUUUGCAGCUGUAUGAAGAGCCAAAAUUGGAAGGGAUUCAAUACUUUAAACUGGGCAAAUUGAAGGAUGGAGUUGAAGUGGGGAUUACUUCCCUAUCCCGGAGCAUCGAGGUGUCACGCGCGACGAAAAUUAAUAUCGUUUCUUUCGGUAACAUUGAAGACAUGGCUGCUCAGUUUUGGACAUUGAGGUAUUGUGCUGGGGACUUUGUUCUGAAGACCCACUUUGUUGAUGAAGUAGCUUCAGCCAUGAUAGUUGAGUCAUUUGAUGAAGACAUCAUUAUGUGGCUUAACAAAACAUACAAGUCAUAUAGAAGGGAAAAACAUACAAGUCUUAUCUACAAGCGUGGCUACUAUCAUGGAAUGUUGCUUGAAGGAGUCGCCAUAAAAGACAACAGAGCAAAGCUGUGGAACUCCCCGUGUGCCAAACCAGGCAAAGUUUUUUCGAAUUUCGAUUUUGAGUCGGAGCAUCAGAAUGAUGACGUGAUUGCAGGACAUCGUGCGCGACUACGUAUGCCUGAAGACAUUGGUAACUUUCUAAAAGUUCUCAACAACGAGACAUUGCUGUAAGAUACAAAUUAUUUUUUUGCUUCAUCUUUUUAGUUGGUUUAACCUUAUGUCAACAAUUUUUUUCCUUGAGUAAUAUGCAAAGUUUUUUUUGUUUGUUUGUUUGUUGACGAUGGAAAUGUUGAUUUAUCUUGGUUGCUCAAUGACCCUGCAUUCUGGGACGGGAAGAAAAGGCGGUUGUGGAUUGCUGAUCUUUGGGAAUGUGUAAAUUCAUCGGAAAAAGGGACAAGCGAUGUCUUUAAUAGAUAUUCCGCUGUUAAGCAUAAGAAAUGGAGAGAGACAGUAGUAGAAGGAAGCGGCUGGCAUGAUGUUGUAAAGAGAUAUGAAGUAGACAAGGUCAGAUAUGGGGUACAAAAUGGGGUUUUAGAAAAGAAUAUUGAUUUCCAUGAACUAACUAGGUUUUACAGACACUAUUGAAAUCAAU